AUGACAUUGUCAAAGCGUUUUCCGACUGCCUCCCCAAGGUACACGCUGCGUUUUCUCUGUUACUCUUUCACGUUGACACCACGUACGGUGAUGUGGGUGGAAAAUGCGUUUAAAAGUUAUCUAACUGCGUCUGCAUCCGACUCUUACGUGUUCAACAACAUUAUACCCGGAGGAUUUGAGAGUUCUGAUUUGGAAAAUGUAAAGGGUCAUUAUUUGGCCGAGAGUCUAAAAUCUGCGCUGAAAAGAACUGGCAGCGUUCCGGACGUUUUCACCAGUGUUCUUUUCAACGACAUAUUUGAAAAUAAAUGGCACGAUGAGGAUACUGGCAACGUUCUGCUACUGACAUGGGCCUUUUGUGAAGCCGUGGAGAUGCAGGGACGUGAUGGCGGUGGGUUCAAAAUUGCUUUGGAAGGGGAACUUAAAAAGAAAGGACGCUGUUCCAUUGAUUGGAACGCUUUAGUGCAACAUUGCAAAACACUUAAACAAUCCCUUGACAAGUUGUUUGCCGUUCGUGUGCGUGAUUUCAAUCCUGGACCCUUCACCACCACCGGUAGGUCGUUUACCUCCACUGCGAUUAGACCGGAGGCUUUCGCUACGGGAUUCACCAAUUGGUUUAAAGACCAUUGGGGAGAGAUUGGUGGCGCAUUAGAAAAAAUUAACGAGGGCGUUGCGAAUUUAGAGGAUGGAGAUCUUAAGGACUUCUCCCCCGAAUACAUAUAUCCUUAUGGUAUUGUGUUCAAUAAGGAUCAACAGAACAAGUGGGCAGAGGGAUUGAAAAAUCUGCACGGUGUUUUGGAUGUGCUUGGUGAUUCAAAUAACGGUGAGUUGAAGGAUCUUAAAGAAAUUUUGGAAGGUACGCAGUGUCCACCGGAGCCUCCCCAGGAGGUUGUGCCGGAGAAGAAAGUUCCGGUUGUGCCACCCAAAAAGCCUGAGGUCCCGCCUGCCAAGAAUCAUGAAGGGAAUCAAAAUCAAGGCAAGAAAGCGGAGGGAGCGCAGAACCAGGGGAAGAAAGCUGAGGGAGCGCAGAACCAAGGCAAGAAAGCGGAGGGAGCACAGAACCAGGGGAAGAAAUCUGAGGGAGCACAGAACCAAGGCAAGAAGGCGGAGGGAGCACAGAACCAAGGCAAGAAAGCGGAGGGAGCACAGAACCAGGGCAAGAAAGCGGAGGGAGCACAGAACCAGGGCAAGAAAAGUGAGGGAGCACAGAACCAGGGGAAGAAAGUGGAGGGAAGUCCUCCAACUCCUCAAGUUACAGGCUCUGCUCCACCUCCUUCUUCCGGUGCUCCAGGAGAUGCAGGCCCAAAAGGAGCUCCAGGCCCGCAAGGGCCUCCUGGUCCAGGGGGUCCGGGGUCUACAAGUCAAACGGUCCCAGGACAUUCUCAGCCUACAAUUACACCAGUUCAACAACCUCAGCCUCCCCCUCCGCCGCCUGCUCCCAGUCCCGCUGCAGCCCCUGGCCACCCUGGUCAGCCAGGUGGCAAGGCUCAGAGUGCAGUGACUGCUGAGCCUUCAAGUUCAGUGACUGUUGGCAGUCAAGAUGCUGGGACUGCUAAGGCUCAGAGUGUUUCAGGUCAGCGGGCUGGGCAAAGUGGUGGGCAAGGUGAUGGUCGCAUUGCCAAGCAAACUCCCACUCAACAUAUUGAUCAAGAUGCUGAGCAACGCCAAAAGCAGCUGGAGGCUGCUUACAAAGCCAAGCAAAAACAGAAGAUUGAUCUUAUGUUGGACUAUCUCAAGACUGGUGAAAAGAGAGUAAUCGAGAAGGCGGAGCGGCAGAAAAAAUUGGCUGCGGAACGAGAACGGCAAGAAUGGAGAGCGCAGCAGGAAGAAGCGGAAGAGCGUCGGAGACAAGAGGAAGCAGAAGAACGGAAAAGAGUGGAUGCCUUCAGAUCGCAGCAUCCGCUCAUGGCGGCGCCUGAGUACUAUGACGAAUACGGGCAUAAACGCCCUGAGAGCCGGACGCACAAGAGGACAGCGCUUCCCACGGCCUACGACUACAAGGUGCCUCACUUGGAAGGGUAUGACGUUGUGUCUCCGGAGUCGAAGGAUGCGUCGUUGGGGGACAAAUAUAUGGAGUCUAUGUUUCAGCGAAAGGAACUAGACGACCUUAAUGCACAGGUUGAGAGAGAAAGGGCUCUGACUAAAUUACAAGACAGAGAAAAUGAAUUAAUUAAAAAAUUCCAUAAUGAUGCCGAAAAAGAGCAUUAUGACACCGUUAACAGAAGCAACCAAGAUGCAUUGUUUGAUGAUCUUAAAAUGACCGUUCCCAAAUACUCUCCCAAGCUGCCGGACAUCGGCGCAACCACCGGAGGCAAGUUAAAAUCAGGGACGCAACCCGCGCAGAUUCCAAGCCUAGAAAUACCAGCGGACAUCACCGACUUGAAUCCAUCCUUAUUUGAACCCAUAGCAUCCAACGCAGUCCAGCAGCGUGGUAACGCUGCGACAAAGCCGCCAGCCACCGUCACAUUUGCCGACCCGAUCACGGCGCAGAUGACGGGGUUAACUUGUGAGACAAUCCAAAACGAAGCAGGUAAGCUUUCAGCGGCAGAAAUGCCGGACGCUAUGAACGCUAAAAUGUAUGCAUCGGAACUCACAGGCCAACGUAUCGGUGGUCCGCACGACGAGCGGGAGGAAAAUGUCCGCAGGUUUCAACGUGAAAAGGCGUAUAACGAUUUCCGAGAUCAUUAUGACCGUAGAACAAGACUCCUAGAAAGGGAAGCGGAAGAGUUGCGGAAUGAAGCUGCCGAAAAAGACAGGGAAUCGGCAGCGGUAGCGAAAUAUAAGGCCAUCCCACAAGUCUUUACGGAGCGUGCGCAGAGACGCCCGUCUCCUGUGUCAUACGAGUUGCCAGACUUCGACGUCUACUUCCCCAAGCCCAUUGUUCAAGACCCCGUGUACGAUUGGGAUUUUGAUGAUUACUCGACGAAUAUACAGGAUGAUGCACAGGCCAACACUGUCGCUCCAUACAAAUCUGCCGUCUCAUUAAAUAUUCCACCCCCAGAUCCCCAGCACUCUCUGCCUCCCAGAGAAGAUCCGAAAUAUACAACAGUCACAUUGGAAGACACAUGCCCUGUUCCCUGGAUCACCCAGAAACCUACGCAUGACCCUACUGAUAUCCCCGAGACAGAGCUGUUCCCCUCCGAGGCGCCGCGCACGGUCAGGGAGAUGCUCACUUGGAUCGCCGGACUGCAACACCCGAAGCACCAAGACACUCUGCAAAAGUGUAUUAACAAUGCUUUCAAGCGCGACGAUCAUGACUCUUCAGAUCUCACACUCCCAGUCAACGGUGCUGACAUCAGCCCCGAAAAUGUAAUCGACACCAUUAAGCUUGCCGCCGUUUUCGCAUCUUCAGUGCUCAAUUCCAUCGCGCCUAAGUGGAGGAUGGCGGUGCCAUCUGCAAGGUCGACGCCCAGGGAGCCCGAUUGGUGCGCCCUCCCCUGCCAGCUACGGGACUACGUCUACGCCUGCUGCCACCAGUUGGAGUUCCUGAGGUCGCAGUGUUCUCGGAAGCAGUCAUAUGGUGGUUGGCAGGAUUGUGAGUACGGCCGUGCUCUCUCCUCCAACUCCCCCCUCCAGGCCUUCCUGACUGACGCCCCCGACUCCAAGUUCGAGACUCACCCCUUCGACCCGCGCGACAUCUGCCUCAAGAGCCGCGUCAAGAUGGGAUUCAACACAGAGGAUUUGUCUGCAUCUCAGCAAACUGGCAAUACACUCCACACCAUCCUCUCUCCCACCUGUGGCGGUAAUGAUCCCUUGGUGACAUUGUCCUCUUACCUCAACUGCCUCACCAGGCGGACGCCGCGCACCACCGGGGAGCUUGUCUCAUUCUUCCACAAUUUUGGGAAUGAGCUGCACAAGUCUACUUCACAGUUGUCUCCACUGGGUUCCGCCCUCUCCAGUCAGCAUGACGACUGCCCCGACUGGGACUGUCUUGGGGAGGAAGAUCUACAAGCCGUCCGGGGCAUCCGGGGCUCCGCCCCUCCCAACUCCAUCCACGACCACAACGACAACCAAGACCAUCCCAAGACCCUGUCGUCUCUUCUUGGCUGCGACAUCGAUAAUGCCAACUGCCCACAACAUCUCUCGCCCAUCACCUACCGGGCCUACGCCCUGUACUCCACGGCCUUCGCCCACCACUACCUCAGCUGGGCGGUCUAUCUGGCCGACAGACUGUGGGAGUCACUGGAAAAGCUGCACUAUGAUCUCGAGAAGCUUCAAUGUCACGACUCCAAGUCCAAGCCUCUCCACCAGUGUGACAAGGCCCUGCCCCUCCUCUACUCUCACGGGUUCACUCCACCAGAAGGGACACUACAAUUACGAAUCUCCUGUUCCAAGGUCAUCGCCAAGUUGGAAGAAGUGGCCAACGGACAGCCUAUCGCAAGCCUCAUGACCGCCAUGGACACAUUCCUCUAUCGCAUCCGUGCGCCCUUCCUCUACACCAUCGUCACACUCUGGCUCACCGCCACGCUCUACAUCGCCCACUCACUCCUCUACCGCAUCGACGUAAUGCGCAUCCGCUCGCACCUACUCACCACCAAGGCCUCCCACCUCAUCGACGUCAAGGCGCUGCUCUCCACCAGCAGAAUGCUCUCGCUCUACAAGGACGUCGACUACUUCGACGACGACUUUCACUCGUGA